CCCCCAGCCUCCAGGGCGGCGGAGCCGGGAAGUGGGAGAGGGAGCGAAAGAGGCGGAGACUGCGGCGGCUGCAGCCCGGCCGGGCUCCGAGCGAGGGCUACAUGGAGCGGCCGGCGCGGCUCUGCGGGCUGUGGGCGCUGCUGCUCUACGCCGGCCGCGGCGGCGUGGCUGCGCCCGCGGAAUCUCAGCCACCUGUGACGAAUUUGAGUGUUUCUGUUGAAAACCUCUGCACCAUCAUAUGGACAUGGAAUCCUCCUGAGGGAGCCAGUCCGAAUUGUAGUCUAAAGUAUUUCAGUCAUUUUGGCAACAAACAGGAUAAGAAAAUUGCUCCAGAAACUCAUCGUUCAAAAGAAGUGCCCCUGAAUGAGAGGAUCUGUCUGCAGGUGGGGUCCCAGUGCAGCACCAAUGAAAGUGAAAAGCCCAGCAUUUUGGUGGAAAAGUGCAUCUCGCCCCCUGAAGGUGAUCCUGAGUCUGCUGUUACUGAGCUCCAAUGCAUUUGGCACAACCUGAGGUACAUGAAGUGCACUUGGCUCCCUGGAAGGAAUACAAGUCCUGACACUAACUACACUCUAUACUACUGGCACAACAGCCUGGGAAAAAUUCUUCAGUGUGAAAACAUCUACAGAGAAGGCCAGCACAUUGCUUGUUCCUUUAAUCUGACUAAGGUGAAGGAUUCCAGUUUUGAACAGCACAGCGUCCAAGUAAUGGUUAAGGAUAAUGCAGGAAAAAUCAGACCAUCCUUCAAUAUAGUGCCUUUAACUUCUCAUGUGAAACCUGAUCCUCCACAUAUUAAAAAUCUCUCCUUCCAAAAUGGUGACUUAUAUGUGCAGUGGACAAAUCCACAGAAUUUUCAAAGCAAAUGCUUGUCUUAUGAAGUAGAAGUCAAUAACAGCCACGCUGAGACACAUGAUAUUUUCUAUGUUGAAGAGGCCAAAUGUCAGAAUACAGAAUUUGAAGGAAACCUAGAGGGUACAAUUUGUUUCAUGGUUCCCGGUGUUCUUCCUGAUACUUUGAACACAGUCAGAAUAAGAGUCAAAACCAAUAAGUUAUGCUAUGAGGAUGACAAACUCUGGAGCAAUUGGAGUCAAGCGAUGAGUAUAGGUCAGAAGGCCAAUCCGACAUUUUACAUAACCACAUUACUCAUCAUUCCGGUCAUCGUUGCAGCCGCAGUCAUUGUCCUUCUGCUGUAUCUGAAAAGGCUCAAGAUCAUUAUAUUCCCUCCAAUUCCUGAUCCUGGCAAGAUUUUUAAAGAAAUGUUUGGAGACCAGAAUGAUGAUACCCUGCACUGGAAGAAGUAUGACAUCUAUGAGAAGCAAACCAAAGAAGAAACUGACUCUGUAGUGCUGAUAGAAAGCCUGAAGAGAGCCUCUCAGUGAUGGAGAUAAUUUAUUUUAACCUUCAAUGUGACCUUGUGAAGAUUCAUACUGUUCUCCAUUUAUUAUCUGGGAACUUGUUAAAGGGAAACUGAAACUACUGGACCAUUUCAAAACAGGCAGCUCAUAAGAGCCACAGGUUUUUCUGUUGAGUCAUGCACCGAAAAACUAAAAAUAAUAGGCCCUUUGGAGAAAAGAACAGAGUCAUUCUUGCUGAAUUAUAAAAGCAGACAUCUUUUGCGAAGGCUUCACACUAGGGGGCAAAAGCUAGAAAGCGAUGAUGGCAGUCGAGUUAAUCUUAUCAAGAGUUGUGACAACUUCCUGAGGGAUCUAUGCCUGCUUUGAAUUCUUUUUCUCAGAUAAUACCAACACAUAUUAUUUGUAGGAGAACUCAUUUUGGGUGCAAAUGCUGAAGUCAAACUUGAGUCAUAGAGAACAUCUAACAAAACAGAAUUGAUAGAAUCUGUUAUCUAUUGUUUGGGAUCCCAUUGAGUUGGGGCUACGGCUAUUAAAACUCUUUAAUAUUUAAUAGUCUGGAAUCUUCAUCCCCUCCAGCAGCAUUUUCCUCUGCUUUGAAAGGCCCAGGCAUCCAUGUCAGCCAGCUGUGACUACAGAAAAAGCAGAGGCAGCUUUUUUACUGAGAACUUUUGAGGCCAUUGCAGGCUUUUAAUGGCAGUGGAGGCAGAACAACUUAUUGGAUAUUAGAGUUUGAAGGACCCAGUCUCUAAUGAUGAAUUUCUUCUUCACCACUGCUAUUCAGAUCAAGUAUUUAGCACACGUCCAGAUUGUAUUGUGCCUCCAACUGUGAAGUGCUGACUCCCUCAAAGAAUUCAGUCUAGUUGGGGCUCAAUAAGUUUUUUCUCCCCACCAGUCAUUUUCCAGACGUUUCAGCUCCUCACUCCCCACCCCGAUUUCCCCUUUUGCAUUCUCCUUCAUCUCCCUCUGUGUAUUCUUUCACCUCUCAUUAGCAAUUAGAAUAUAAAUCUGCUCACAGCACCUAGAGGAGCAGGGAGUAAUUUGCAUCUCAGGAAAAGUAUGAGUAGAUUGAGAAACAAUGACUAAUUCUUUCAUAUUUUGUAACUUCUAUGUGAGUCUGCAUUUAUUUGAAGGUUUUCAGCAUUUACUGUUUAUGCAUUUUCUACACAGAAAAGAAGUAUUCUCUUCACUUAGAACUUUGAUAUUUGCUUGAGAAAAAAAAAAGAAUAGUUACAUCUUUCUCUUUUCCCUUACUCGCCCAAAUGGUUAUUAGCAGGCUUCGUUUCUAAUACUGAUAGCCAGCCAUCCCAGGCUCCAACGUUAGUCCUUUGUGGGUUUUUUUUGUUUGUUUGUUUUCUGCCUAUGUUAGGGCUCCAUCCUCACCCAUCCCCACAACAUAUUCAUAUAUGUAUAUAAUAUCCCUCUAUUUCUGCUUCCUCUAUAUUAAGAGUAUGGAAAUGAGAAGCUCCCCUCCUCACAUAGACUCAGAUUACUGGUAGGAACUUGAGAACUCCAUGUCACAAGUUCUUCAAACAUUCAUUCAUUCAUAUUAAUAAGAUAGUGCUAGUUCCAAUUCCUGCUCUUAGUGGGAAGGGAGAUAAGACAUCCCUACUCUUUACAGGUUUGGGCAAAAGUGGCAAUGUCCUUGCACCACAGUGGAGGAGAAAAUUGGGGAUCAUGGCAAUGGCAGAUGUCAAGAUGUUUCCUCCCUGCACUUCUAUAUUUGAGGUCAGGUUGAGGCUGGAAGACAGGCAUGGAUGUUCCAUUCUGCCCUACUGUUCUCUAGAAAGAAUAUUUGGUUUUCCUGUGUAGGGAGGAGAUUAUUAUUUCCUAGCCAGAUCUUAUACUUCCAGAAAACACAACACCUAAAUGCCUCACCCAAAGCCAUUUUUCCUGUCAUCCUACUUAGAUAGCAGUGGUGGGGGAUGCUCUAAUAUUCUGAUGAUCUAAGGAACUACUGAUCCCAGACAGUCCUGCAGCCUGAGAGUGGGAAAAUUAUGUUUUGUUUCCAUCUUGCUCUUUUAGUAGCAAAAUAGUUGGGGGAAAAAAUGGGGUGGUGAAUUAUGGAAAUGCCUAUGGCUGUUUUAUAAUUCCUGAAAAGUGAUCCCCAGGUCUUGAGAGCAAUUGCUUAAUUGAGAGCAUCAGCUUAAUUCCCACUACCUAUAGGAAACUAGAAGGUUUAUGUACUAUUUGAUGUCUAACCUAUAUGUUUUUUUUUUUCUCCACAUAGCUAAGUAAACCCACUGUAAGAAUGGUCAUUCUUAUUCUUUCAUUCAGAUAAGUCUUUUCCUCAUCUGGCGCAGAAGGGAUACAUGAAACUAUGUUAACAUUUUUGGUAAUGCCUUCAACUGGGGAUCAUUUUAAUUUCUUGCAGAAAAGCUUAAGUAAAAUAAAUAUUGUUUUUUUGGUAUGUCACCCAAA